UAGAUUCUAGGCUUAGGAUAUGAAGAAUUGACCCGGGAAGGCACAAUUGGUCGCACUUUCAUUGCCACGUCUGCCUCCCAGUCAGCAUAACCCAUUUUCACGCCAACCACCAGAAUGGUCAUCUCCAUCCCCACCGCCUCCCUCGAAGGCAAAGUCGCCCUCAUCACCGGCGCCGGCCGGGGCAUCGGUCGCGGCUGUGCCCUUGAGCUCGCCCGUCGCGGCGCCUCUGUCAUCGUCAAUUACGUCUCCUCAGAGGGUCCCGCCCAGGAAGUCGUCAAGGAAAUCGAAUCCUACGACAACGGCGCCCGUGCCAUCGCCAUCCGCGCCGACGUCUCCAAGGUCUCCGAGAUCAACCGCCUGUUCAAGGAGGCAAAAGACGCGUUUGGCAAAAUCGACAUCGUCAUGAGUAACUCGGGCACGGAGAGCUGGGAUAAGACGGAGGAGAUUACCGAGGAGACGUAUGAUCAUGUGUUCAAUCUGAAUGCGAAGGCGCAGUUCUUCGUCGCGCAGGCGGCGUACAAGAAUAUGGAGAACAACGGCCGCAUCAUCCUCAUGUCGUCGAUUGCUGCGGGCCUUCUCGGUGUCAAGGACCACGCUCUCUACAAUGCCUCCAAGAUGGCCGUCAUUGGCAUGAUCAAGUCGUUUGCGACGGACUUUGGGAAGCGCGGUAUCACGGUCAAUGGUGUGGCUCCCGGCGGCAUCAAGAGCGACAUGUUUACGCAGAAUGCCUGGCACUACAUUCCGGGGGGAAGUCCGGACUGGCCGGCCGAGAAGAUUGAGGAGCUGAUGGCGAGCCAUUGCCCUCUGGGACGGUGUGCGGUGCCCGAGGACGUGGCGAGGGUGGUUGCGUUCUUGGCGAGUGAGGAUGGGGAGUGGGUGAAUGGCCAAGUCAUCACCAUUUCCGGCGGCUCGUCGCAGUAAGAUUGAACUGGAGCAAUGUAUAUGGCUCGCAUGCAGUUGCGUUUCGGGUGACAAAAGGAGUUGGGCUGACAGGCACUAAGGAGAACAUCAAGCAUUUGU